GACUGUACAAGGCCUGGAGCAGAACAGCUGAAGGACAACAUGGCGCCAUGGUUAACCACGCCACCUGGGCAAUCCACCGAUAAGACCGGAGGAGGCAAGGAGGGAAUGGCUGACGUUGGGGAAAGACCUGCAGGGGUGAGGCCCUGCCUCUAGUGACUGCACGUCACUGGAACCAACGCAGUCACGGGGAGAACAUACAAACUCCACACAGAAAGAUCCCGAGCCCGGGAUUGAACCCAAGACUACUCAGGACCUUCGUAUUGUGACCCCAAAAAGGACAAGCGGUACAAAAUGGAUGGAUGGCAUAGGAGGGUUUGUCUUGAACUGGGUUUUGUUGGCGUCCUGAAAAAGAAAAGUGGAGCACAAUUCAUUACAGCCCUAUAUGAUUCUGCUGGUAAUAACUUAAGGGAGCACCUGUUCGUGUGUCGGCUGUUAGCUAACACCAAGGACCGAUUGUGAGUCGCCUUCACCGGGAGAGAGUGAAUGACUUCGGUGGAUGAAGGUCUGUCUGGAGCAAAGAGGGGGGCCGCCGACUGUGGACCUCCCUCUAUAGGAAGUGAUCACAGCCAGGAGGAGCAGCUACCGAUCAUCAUGUGUACACAGGCCUAUCCUGACACAGGCCAUAAGAGCCCACUGUUUGCUGGAGACGUGGAGGAGGACGAAGGCAAGGAGAGAGACUCGGAUAGAGACAGUGCUGUGGAGAGCACCCAAGGCUCUGACACUUCAGAGGGGCUAACCAGACUGGGGGACAAGGAAGAUAUCUUGGGUGAUCUUUUCUUCACCUCUGACAAUACCGUCAGGACAAGCGGCACCAGCAACUCCGUCACUUCUGACCUGUCGACACGUUCCUCGGCUUCUCUGAACGAGGAGCAGUUUGAGGACUACGGUGACUACGCUCCCAGCAGCCCCUAUCCGGACGACGAGAACCGUACCAACGGAUACUCUGAUCAUGGAUCAUCUGUGCCAUCGAGUGCGGGCCAGACACCUCGUAAGGUGCGAGAACAGUACCCCGCGGAGAUGAUGGACCUCUACUGUUGUCAGUGCAGCAAAAAGGUCAACAUGCUCAGUGACCUCGAGGCUCGUCUCAAAAACCUCAAGGUUAACAGCCCCAGCAGGAAAAUCUCCAGCACAGCAUUUGGAAGGCAGUUGCUCCAUAACAGCAACUUGAGUAGCAGCAACGGCAGCACGGAGGACCUUUUCCGAGAUAGCAUUGACUCAUGUGACAUCGACAUCAAUGAGAAGGUAUCGUCUUUGGAAAGGAAGGUUGCAGAACUGGAGAAUGAAAUUUUAAUCAACGAUGAUCUCAAGUCCAAGUUGAAGCAAGACAACACACAUUUAGUACACAGGGUUAAUGAGCUUGAGGAACAGCUAAAAGACCAGGAGACACGGGAGGACCAAAAUCUGCAAGGGGAGCUGAGACGACAUCGAGAGACCUUCAGCAAGAUGGAGAGAGACAAAACUACACAGAUUGAGCUGCUCAACAGCCGAGUUAAGCAGCUGGAGGAUGAGAAAAAUGAGAUGCAUGUUAACAUGAGCCGACUGAAGACGCAGACAGAGAAACUGGAUGAGGAGAAGCAAAGGAUGACUGAUAAGCUUGAGGACACCAGCUUGCGCCUGAAAGAUGAAAUGGACCUGUACCGAAAAAUGAUGGACAAACUGAGACAAAACAGGCAGCAGUUCCAGGAAGAGAAACAAGCCAUGCAGGAGCUGAUGGAGGACUUGCGGCGAGAGUUGGAGCACUUGCAGCUCUUCAAACUGGAGGCCGAGAGGCCCGGACGCAGUCGGAGCUCAUCUUCUAGUCUUGCCGACUACAACAACAGGACCAGGGAGAUGGAGCUGGAGUACGAGGUCAAGAGGCUCAAGCAGGACUUUCUUCCCCCUGAAUUCCAGCAGCUUGGGUUGUCUGGGGCUUUGCUCCGUCCCGGUCUGAUGGAGAACCACAGGCUGAAGGAGCAGAACGAUGAGCUGAACGGCCAGAUUCUCAGCCUGAGCUUGUACGAAGCCAAGAAUUUGUUCGCCACGCAGACCAAAGCCCAGUCUCUGGCUGCCGAGAUAGACAACGCCUCCAGAGACCAGUUAAUGGAAGCCCUGAAGGAGCAGGAGGAGAUCAACAUGCGCCUGCGACAGUACAUGGACAAAAUCAUCCUCGCCAUCAUCGAUCACAACCCUUCCAUUUUGGAAAUCAAGGCCGAGCCGCAGCGGUUUUGAGUCUGCCCAGAAGUGAGGGGAGCUUGAUUAGAACACUGGAACAUCUCCCCCUGCUGUUUGUGGUUUGGAAAACAGCCCUAAAGGGAGUGUCACCUUUUUGUGCUCGUGCUUUACACGCUUUGGGACUGGAAACGCGACACUCGACACGUGCACACUGGCGGGAAAAACUGGAAGAGCUUAUCCCAGAGGGUGCUGUGAUAGCAGUUGAGAGACAUUAUAGCCUGGUGUAGGCAAACACUGAGAUGCUUGGCAACGAGAACAGCAACCUAACCACAACGCUUUGUGCCAGUCUUAACACUACUCUACCACUCAUGCACUUGGAACCGACAUGUUUGAAAAGCGGGUUGAGAAAAGUCGACAAAGUGUUCAGAGAGAGAGAGAGAGAGACUAUGGCUCAUGCACGCUAUUUGGAGGUGGGUUUUGGUGAAGUUGCUCCUUGCAAAUUAAGCUAAUACAUCACUUUACUCCUAAAAACAUGUCUUCCAUUAACUUUGCAGUGACAGUGUCACUGUUCAGGUUUAGUCAUGCGUCACUUUAGGGAGGGGACACCGCAGCCAAGGAGUGUCUCUAAACUCACUUAUGAUGCUUGAAAGGUGUCACUUCUGUCAGCAAUAAUAAUAAGUGCAACUAUGUUGCACAUAAGUUAUGAAACAAAUGUACAGGAAGUAAUAUCUGCUCCUGUGUGUGCAUACAUGGAAGGAACCUCUUUUUGUUGGUACUAAAGACAACAUUAGCAAGCAAAUGACCCUGUGAUACUUUCCAAUAACAUGAAUGUACAUCUUGAUAUUUCACUUCAAUAUGCUGUAUUAUGUAAUUAACUGGAACCUGAGUUUUGCUUUCUUGCACAAAACCUUUUGUUUCCCUUUUGCAUGGCUCAUAUUUCUCUGUCUGUGCCUUGGGAGGACAAUUUCAGGCGGCUCUUGUAAGAUCCAUUGAUUAUGAAGGUACAUUGUAUGUCUUAAUCAUGUUUCUGGACUUGUACAUAUUGUAUUUACACAGUGAUCAUUUGUAAACAUGUUCAGGUUGGAUUCUAUUUUCUACAAAGUUAUUAGGAAAAGAACAAGAAAUGGCUUAAGUGUCCAAAAAUAGACAACUAGCACACUG